UACCCAUGGUUACGAAGCAAAACAAACAACCGCAGGAUCCCAACGUGUGUCGUGUUGCAGUCGAGUUCGGAAAUCAGCUGAGAAGAAAAUUUGCAUUUUUACACAGCGAAAACGGUCCAUUGUAAAUUAAUUACAGCAUAAGUGGUGUCUUUGCGGGAAGCCGGGUGUGGAUUGGCUGGCAAACUGUUUGAAUUUGGCGCGCAACGGCUCAAAAAAGCUGAACGGUGAAAGAGCUCCUUUUCGUUUCCGGUUUGCUGUCCUGCGGAAUAACCGAUUGAUCCGAAAAUGUCAUCCAGUAUGCGGUCAUCCAAGGAUGCUCAAAACUUCGUUAGGCGUUGAAACGGGGAUUUCUAUGCGAAGCAUGGAGAGUUUGUACUCGAACAAGAGCUCCAACUUUUCGGCCCUGCACCGGAGGAAGGCGAUCGCUGCCAGGCAACCGGCGAUUGUGAUUUCUAGCAACGAUGUCCGACAUCGGGUCAUGUCGGCGCGAGUUUUGCGCUUCAAGCAGCUGCAGAACCAGCUCGAAGCGGCGCACCAAACCAUUGCCGAACUGACCAAGGACAACCGGCUGCUGCGGGCACUCCAGAAACGUCAAGAUUCUGCACUGUCCAAGUACGAGAAUUCGAACGCAGAAUUGCCAAAACUGCUGCACUCACAUGCGGAAGAGAUUCGGACGCACCAGACGAAGGCGCGGAAUUUGCUGAACCAGAACAAGGAACUGAUUAACAAGUUGAAGCAGAAAGAUGCUCACAUUCUAACUAUUACCGACCAGAACAAGCACCUGAUUCAGCUGAACAAGGACAAACAUCUCGAGGAACGCGAACGGUUAGCGGAGCGUGUGCGUGAUCUCGAAACGCGUUUAAUCGAAAAGGACAACGAUACCAAGCUGCUGGCCCGAAGGCUGCAGCUCGAGACGAAGAACUUCAAGGCACAGCUCCAGCAGGAGGUGCUCAAACAGCGGGAAAUUGCGCAAAAGCUGGAACGAGCGCACCACGAGAUUCAACGGCUGAACUCGGUUAUUGAGAUCUACGAAAAACGAACUCCGUCAACGCUGCUGAAAAACAGCAAUUAUCUGAUGAAACCGUCAAAACCCACGUCUGGCCAGUUGGCACGACUUCCCAACGGAUCACCGGUGAGGCCGGCGUUCCCGUUACAGAACCUCGCAGAACCGGCUCCGGUGACCAACAUGGAAAUUGCCCCCAAACGAAUCCCCGACGAGGGUGGUGACGGUGACCACAAGCUGCCCAGCCCAAAAACGCUGGAACCCCUGAACAGCAGCAUGGUGGAUCCAACGCCCGCCGUAACGCCGGCAAAAUCCAGCAAGAUUAAGAAGCGCCACAACACGGUUCGAGUGCACGAGGAGAAGAACCUCAACGGAACCGACAAGGACCCAAACCAGCAACAUCAGUUUGACGAGUCAUUCUGCAAGGAUUUCAAUCAGUACGCGCUCCAGCAGGAGGCAGAAUUCGACCAGGCAAUCGAAAGUGAGCUGUUCAAGCUGAAGAAGGACAUUCCCUUCAGCAACGGAUCGACAACGGACAGUUUACUUCAGCGCAGGAACAAGAAACUAUACCAAACCACGGAAGUCUCAUACGAAGACGAUUACGAGCCAGAUUCUUCGCCCGAGAAGGGUCGGGCCAAAAUAACCGAAAUCUACGACCACAAAGCGCACAUCAGCGAACUGGAAGAGCAAAUCCGUAACAUGGGAGGACCGCUGAUGAACGGAUCGCUCGGUAAGGACACGAAGCUCAAAGCGCGGAAGGCGAGCGCCUCUUCCGGCGAUACCGACCAAGAAUCAAACAGCAGCACCACCGUCUCAAGGGAUUCGUCCUCGAAAGAGUUUGAAUCGAUGAAGCGGGAAAUUCGGGAAAGCAUCCUGAAAAAGGAGAGCCUGCUGGAUUCGUUUUGUGACGAAAUCAACGGGAAAGAUUCGCACAAAUCGCUCAGCAUGCGAACGAAGGAAAGCCAGAAGCGAGCUCAGAUUGAUCCGAAGAAAAAGAAGAAUCUGCUCGAGGCGCUGAAGGCCAUCGACGGAGAGGGCGUUGAGAAGUGAGAUGGGAAGCGAAAAUGUGCUUUAUUUUAUGAUGUACGCGUUUGUGUGUGCUAGGAGCAUACGUUAAUCACGCUUUCUUCAGUGAGUGACGAUUUGAAUGUAUAUAUUUUUACGAUUGUAUUCUGUGGAAAAAUAUAUUUUGUAAACAACUAUAA